AUGUCUCAAUUUUUGAUAGAACAAAUUAGAUAUUUGCAUGAAGAAAUUGAGCUUAUAGAAAAAGCAAUUGCAGAACUAAUUAAUGAUAAAGUAAAAAAUAAUAAAAAACAUAUUUUUUAUGAUUAUUGUAUAAAUUAUUUAGUUGAAAAGAUUCAAAAUAAAUCUAAACAACUUGUAGAAAUUUAUAAAGAUGAUGAUAAUUUAAAAAAAGAAGAGAUCCAAUUUAUUUCAGGAAAAACCAAUGAAGAAAAUGAUGUUUGGAAAAAUUAUUAUGAAAGAAUUAAAUAUAUAAAAGAUUAUCAUAAAAAAACAAAUAUAAAAAAAAUAGAAAUAACAAAUUAUAAAUUAUAUAAAAAUGAAGCAUUAAAAAAUAAUAAACUAAAAUAUGCUUUUUCUCCUCUAGAAAAAAAAGGAAAAUAUGUAGACAUGAUUAAACAUUAUAAUGAAUUUAUUAAUAUUAAAAAAAUUAAAGAAUUUCGUAUAAAUAUGUUUAAAAAAAAAUAUAAUUUAAAAAACCCUGGUGUAGAAAAAAAAAAUAAUAAUACAAUUUUUUUAAACAGCUUUAAAGAAAUAAGUCUAAUAACAUACCUUAAUAAUUUUACACGAUUCUAUUAUAUUCCUAGAUAUUGUAAAUAUAAAAAUGAAGAAUAUAAAAAUUAUUUAAAAAAUUUACUAAAUUAUUUAAUAUCAUUUUUUUCAAAAAUAAAUAUAUUGGUAAAUUGUGAAAAAACAUAUGAACAAUAUGAAAACAAAUUUAAAGAAUUGUUUCAAAAUAAACAAAUCAAAUCUUGGGAAAAAUUUACUUAUGAUUUAAAUUAUUAUUGUAAAAUUAAUGAUAAAUUAUAUGCAUCUGAUGGAACAUAUCAAGGAUAUUUAAAAAGCAAAAAAUAUGAUGAAGAGUUUAAAAAAUAUAUGAAAAAAAAAUAUACUAUUGAUGAAUUGCAACUAAUUAAAGAAAAUAUAGAAAAAGAAGAUGAACUAAUUGCAAAAUAUGAAUAUUUAAUUGAAAAUUAUAAAAUACUUUUAAAUAAAAUAUUUCAAAAAACGAUACAAAAUAUGCAAAGAAAACAAGCAUUUACAAUUGAAGAGAUAGAAAAAAGACAAAAAAAUGAAAAAAUAAAUGAAAAAAAAAAUGAAAAAAAUAAAAUAUCUAAUGAUCAUUUAUUAAGUAUAUCUGAUAAUCUGGUAAAUGAUAUUCAACAUGUUGAAAAUGUUGAAAAUAUUUUUAAUCCGAAUUCGGUUGUAUCUUCAUCAAGUUAUGAUACAUCUGAUCUUGGCUCAGAAAUAGAUGAAAACGAAGAACAAGAUAAUGAAGAAACUGAUAAAGAUGAAAAUAAAACAAUUUAUAAUCCAUUAAAUUUACCAUUAGGACAUGAUAAUAAACCUAUACCAUAUUGGUUAUAUAAAUUACAUGGAUUAUCCAAAGAAUAUAAAUGUGAAAUAUGUGGAAAUUAUUCAUAUUUUGGUCGAUCAGCUUUUGAAAAACAUUUUUAUGAGUGGAGACAUUCAUUUGGUAUGAAAUGCUUAAAUAUACCCAAUACAUUACAUUUUAAAGAAAUUACAAAAAUUGAGGAUGCUUUAAAUCUGUAUGAAAAAUUAAAAAAAGAAACACAAACAAUUCAAUUUAAACCAGAUCAUGAAAUAGAAUGUGAAGAUUCGAAGGGAAAUGUUAUGAACGCUAAGGCUUAUGAUGAUUUAAAAAGGCAAGGCUUAUUGUAA